CUUCUGAUAAAUCGUCUGCGGUGAGUCUAUCAAAUGUGCUUUAUUAUUACAUGAUAAAUGAGCAAACUACAACAAAACGAGUGAGAAGUAGGAAUAACGCGCACAUUCGCAAGGCAUUUCCUCUACUGGAUUUGAUAUAAAAAGCAAACGGGAAGCGGGAUUUCAACCAGUUUCCGAUUAGAUUUUCUGGACUGAGCAAUUGUAGCAAAAAAAAGAAAAAUGAAUGUUGUCGUUGCUUGGGCGUUCACCCUCGUCGUUUGCAGUUGGUGCAUUGGACUCAACGAAGGUAGGAGAGUUUGCGUACCUGAGAAGAUUUACGUGGAACCGUGUCAAGUGUGCAAAUGUUCGAAAGACGGCUUCAACAUGUAUUGCCAGAAAAAGGAUUGCGAACAAGAUGAAUAUCAAUCGUUGAAUCCGGAUGAUUAUUUCGAUGUUGAUUCUUUCUUGCCGAAGGAAAGGAUACCUUAUUUGGACGAUGAAAUAGAAGUUGACAAGGAAGAGGAAUUCGAGAAUGAUUCCAACGAUAUUUCCGAUGAAAAAUUUGGCGGUGAUUUCAGAUUCGAAAAGGACUUUCAAGAUAUUGAGUUGAAUGAUGAUGUGGAGGAUAUAGGACAGUUGCCUCCCAACUACAGAUUCCGAAGGGAAAUUUUGAUUUAAAAACGUUUCCGCAAAAUUAAUCUUGAAUUAAAUUAAUUUCUUAUUAUA